AUGGGGGAUGGACUGCAAUAUGGACCGUCCCAAGGAUAUUUUCCUCUGAUAAACAAAUGGAGAGAUUUCCAAAGCCGAUGGCACAGUCCCCCGUUUAAAAAUUGGGAUGUCGCGGUUGUUCCUGGAUCUCAGGAUGGAUUUUACAAAAUUCUCGAUCUCAUGAUCGAUGAGGGGGAUCCUGUCAUGGUUCAAGCGCCUGCAUAUGCGGGAACAAUAGCUGCAGUACACGCGAUGAAUCCGGAAUACAUCGGAAUCCCCCAAGACGCAGACGGAAUAAUUCCCGAGGAGAUCGACCGAAUUUGCAGUGCACGACAAAACGAUAAUCUCAAAUUACCAAAAGCACUUUGCGUGAAUCCAAUAGGUGCGAAUCCCACUGGUUCUGUUUUGACAAUCGAUCGAAAGAAGGAAAUUUACAAGCUCGCCCAGAAAUACGAUUUUCUCAUAAUCGAGGACGACGCCUACUAUUUCGUUCACUUCCUGGAUCACCAGCCGUCAUCAUUCCUGUCCAUGGACACCGAUGGACGAGUCAUUAGAUUGGAUUCGUUCAGCAAAAUCGUGAGCUCGGGCCUGAGACUGGGAGUUAUUACCGCACCCCAGGAAAUCAUCAACAGGAUAAUCGUCAGUCUUCAAAAUACUGUCCUUCACGCGUCGUCUUUAUCACAGAUUUUGAUGUUCAAGCUUUUGGAGGACUGGUCCUCUGAGGAAUUCGAUAGUCAUAUAAAGAGAGUUCAGAGUUUCUACAAGUGUCAACGAGACUUGAUGAUCAGAUCGAUGGAUAAACAUUUGAAAGGCUUGGUGGAGUGGUCGGUCCCCAAGGCCGGAAUGUUCGUCUGGAUUAAACUGAAUACGAAGAAAAAUUCCCUCGAUCUGGUCAUGAAGGAAUUAAUUCCCAACGGUGUCUUCAUCAUCCCUGGAAGUGCCUUCGAUUACGACAGCCCCCAGUCCGAUUCUUAUCUCCGUCUUUGCUACAGUUUCUCUACAGAAGAACAAGUCGACAAGGCAAUGGAAGUUCUUGGUACAAUUCUCCGUCAAUCAAUAGGUAAUAAUUGA